AUGAGUGAGCCUGAGAGCGGUCCGGAGAGCAAAGAUUCUCUGGAUACUGAUUCCAGCGAGGACUCGUUCGACUACAGCGGCACUGAUGAAGAGAAAGAAAGUCCGCGUGUUGCCAUCCUGCACGCAGCAGAGGAUGAGGAGUUCGUCAGGAGGCUGGUGGGGGAGCUGAUAGAUCUGGAUGCGGGUGGGUAUUACAGUCUACCCGAGACAGCCAUUGUCACGGGUGCUCCUGGUGUCGUCAGCCGCGCACAGCUCACGUCCACACUGACCCUCGGCAGCGUGAAACUUGUCGUGCCCGUGAUCAGCAGACACCUGCUUGCUGACCAGUCCUCGCUCACGGUCGGACUGGAAACUGCCGUCAGGAACAACAAGCCUCGAUACGCCAUUUGGCUGGACCAGAACGUGGAUGACUUCCGUGAGUUCGGUACGUUAGUGAGCCGGCAGUACCCAACCCUGGAGGCGCCGGCCAGGCGGGUCCAGCGGCACAGGGUUGAGGAGAAGAUGCCCGGCAGUAUUUUCAGUAUUUACAGGUGGAUGGAAGGCAUCGCCUGGGGUGUGCGUGACGCGCUCUGCAGACAAACAGGUGAACUGAGGUUCCCGUGCUGGUGGGCCUUGAUCAACACUCGUGUCUUCCUGCCUGACAACAUGAACCUCCCAGCUGUUCUCACACGGCUGGAACAGGAGAACCAGCUGAGUCCGGCUGACGUCCGGUCUAUAAAGGCGAAGCCGACACCAGUAAGCCGGGCCCGCCGGUUGGUAGACAUGCUGCAGUAUGGCAGGAGGCGGCAGGAGCCGUACGACUGGUUAGUGCGGGUCCUGCGGGAGGAAGGACAGGACUUCCUGGCGGAGGAGAUGGAGGAACGGGAGCGGUUCUGGGAGCGGCACUACGGCAUCGGGAAACAGCAGGCGGCACAACCUGGUCAACAAAUCGCACAGACGGAACAUUUCACACAGCAGGAAAGUCAAGUAACGGUGAUGAAACAUCUACGCCAUCCAAGAGCGCAUGCGGACGACGUCACAACACCUUUGGAAGUCAAGGGCGUGUUUCUGGGACAGACGGAGGCAGGGAAGACCAGUCUGCUCAACUGUAUGAUAAAGGGUCAAGGUCACGUGGAGACCGAAACUGACAGAACCAUCGGUGUUGACGUCAUCAGUUUCCAUGACACCAAGAAUAACGUCAGGUACGCGAUGUACGACUUCGGAGGUCACCAGAUCUACCACUACACGCACCGGUUCUUCCUGACACGUCAGGCCCUGCACAUCCUCAAUGUAGACCUGCCAGCAUACAAGUCAGAAGAGUUCCAGGAACGAGUGGGAACGUGGCUAACAUCCGUGACUUCCCACGUCUUCAACCCGACUAUCCUUGUUGUAGGAACCAAAGUUGACAUGUUUCCGCCAGACAAGGCCGAGGAGAUGAUAGCAGCAGCUUGUUCCUCCAUCCAGAGAGACACCCAGGGCGCUGAGAGUAAACUACAAACCAAGCUGAAAGAAGAGAUUCAAUUCUGUCAGAAGGCGGUGGACGCAGUGGACAGCAGAUCAGACAUGUCCGGGCCAUUCUACGGUCUCACAAGGGACGACAUCUUGGCCAAGAAAGAGUCACUGGAGAAGUUACUGGACGGACGACCCAAAGGUCUGUUGAACGUACAGGUUAUCCCGGUCAGCAGCAAGACGUUCCAGGGUAUCGGAGCUCUGUGCGACAAGAUGGCAGAAAUGGUGAAGGACGAGCGAUUGUUCCCUGCUGCCCGCCAAGAGAUGCCGACUUCCUGGACAAAACUGUCAGAAAACAUCCAGGCGACAGGACGGACCCACCGUCAAGUCAGGGAGUGUCAGGACGUCGGAGCAGCUGCAGGGAUGAAGGAGUCAGACGUCCUGAACGCGCUCAGCUAUCUGCACGUGACCGGACAGAUCCUGUUCUACAACCACAUCAGGGGGAUGGAAGAUCUGGUCUUCCCGGACCCAACCAUCAUCCUCACACUCUUCAAGCAGAUCUUCAGGCAUGACCUACCGGCAUAUCUGGACAGCAUAGCCGAGUCUCUGUCUGAGCAUACCAGAGCGCAGUUUGCUGAAGACAGGGCGUCCUUCUUGAAGACGGGCAGGGCCAGCGACAGUUUCAUGAAGAACCUGCUUGGAGACAGCAUUGUCACCUUCAACAGUCUCCUUCCCCUGAUGAAGCACUUCGGCCUGUGUUACUCAGGGUCGGUGAUCUUUCCAACAGAGCUUCCUGCCGCCCAGCCUGACGAGGUGGCACACUGCUGGCCAGAGGUUGUGCCAUCAGGCGGAGAGGAGAUCUCUCUUACUAUAGAGUACAGCCAAGAGCCUCCUCUGGGUCUACCGGAAACCAUGGUCUCCCGUAUCCUGUCCAUGGAGCAGACCACACGCCGUCUCCUCACCAAGGACACAGUUGUCGUUCAUGUUGGAGAGAACUCAGAAGACGUCAUGUACCGCCAUUCCGCUACAAGAGAAGAAAUCCGGAUCCGGGGAGAGCCGGAGAAGGCGUGGCGCCGGGCUCAGACGGUAGUGAGGGAGAUAGAGGCCUGUUGGGACGAGUUUCCUGCCUUGUACUCCAGUAACAGUGUUGGAAGCGGGGAAACAGCAAAGUCCCUCCCUAUAGAGGCUGUGAGGCGUCACGUGCCGGGGGACUUGAUGAGAUUGUCCAGGGGAAGCUGGGAAGGGCCACUUCCGGUCACCAGAACACCGGCAGACGUCAUCGGCAAGUACUUCAUUGACAACCGGCUGUACCAGGUCAGCAGGGCUGUUUGUUGGGAGUGGACCCGGCUGGGACAGGAGCUGGGACUGAACAGGUCCGUGUUGGACAACAUAGGGGGGGAGUACCGCCUCACAGAUAAAACAGGUACCCAGAAGGCGUUCCAGAUGCUGAAGGCCUGGCGCACCAAGACCCCCCACGGACCGCUCCACUACCUGCCGCAGCUGGAGGAAACACUGCAGAACAUCGGCAAACCGGACCUGGCUAAAGACGUACAGGGAGUGUACAUUGAAUACCGUGAUGCCUUGCCGUUACAAGAGGUCAGUCCUGAGAUGACCGGAGACACAGACUGGUCCCUCCGCCUGCCAGGUGAAGGGAAGUACCUGUGCAGACGGACCGACCUGGGCGUGGUGACGCCCUACCCGCUGCACGUGACCUACAGGAGUGCGAACUGGUCCGACAACUGGCAGCAGGAUCAGGGAUGGAUGGCGGUGGGUCCGCUCUUCUCCAUCCAGUGUGAGGACGUGGAGGGGCCGGUGGACAUCCUACUGCCGCACGUGCUGCACCUGGAUGGAGACACAGUAUUGAAUCCAGAUGACAUCGCGAUCGUGCACGUUGCGGGAGAGACGGAAGAACUCCUGACGGUGUCUGACAUCAGCCCGACCCACCUCACCACCAGAUUCCGGAAGGGAAGCAAGUUCGGUCCUGUGGUGAGAAAAAUCCUGGGGAUGGACCUGCGCAGGAACGGCCUGUGUGUGGUGUUCGCGCCGCCAAACUAUCCCUCGGUCUUCCAGCUUCACGUCUACAUCAUCUCCAAUGUCGUGCUAAUGGUAGAGUACCUGCAGGCGUUGGAAGGGAGGCUCGGCUACUCCAGCUGGGACCCUGAACAGUGUGUGCUGAAGCUGGGGGAGGAGUAUCGCCUGGAGGUGACAGCCAGAAACGGAGCAGGCGUCGACGUGGAGACACGACCUGAAGAGGGUCUGGAGUUUGACGACACGUUUGAGACAGGGCAGUACUACAAGAAGUUCCGUGUGGAGGUGGACGCCAGGAAGUACAGCAGAGCGCAGAGAUCCAAGCUUCGGUUCGACCUGCACCUCAAGAACGCUGACGAGACUGUCUGCAGAUUUACACCAGCUAAAGAUUUCGAGCAAAUCUCUUCUGAGGCCGGACCCAGUGGUACAAGCCUACGUGGAAAGAGGAAAAUCAAACGCAAAGGAGAUGUUGAGGAACCCUCUGCUGAUGAUCUGUACCUGAGGAUCUCGCAGAAUCUAAAAGACGAGCAGGUUAGAGAUCUCCGCAACUACUUGGGCAGUAAAGAACUUUUGCCAGCGAGAGAUCUCCAACACAUGGACCCACACCAGAUGUGUACGAAGCUAGAGCAAAGUGGGAAGUUGUGGGAGGGGAAUCCUACACUCUUGGAACGCCUCAUGAGAAAGGUUGGCAGAGAGGACUUUGCAGUAGGGGCCAAGAGGAUUGCUGAAAAGGAGUUGGGAGUGUACAUAGUGGUGGACAGUCGUGUGGUGGAGGGCGGUAGUGUGGAGGAGGACAGUCGUGUGGUGGAGGGCGGUAGUGUGGAGGAGGACAGUCCUGUGGUGGAGGACAGCCGUGUGGUGGAAAUUCGUGUGGUGGAGGACAGUCGUGUGGUGGAGUACGGUAGUGUGGAGGAGGACAGUCAUGUGGUGGAGGGCGGUUGUGUGGAGGACAGUCAUGUGGUGGAGGACAGUCGUGUGGUGGAGGAGACUGAAGACUGUGCAAGACCUCCAGCUGUAGACAGUUACCUGAUUGUUGCAUAUGAAGACGAUUGGGCAGUGGGCAGAGUGAAGGAAAUGGAAAUCGACACUUCCCCCUGCCCCGUGGCCACUGAAGAAAACCUACGUGGUCUUCUGGGUGAUGAUCAGCGAAGAGCCCUCACCAAGCUGUGUGAGGUGAUUGGAGCCCUGACCUACCCCGUCGUGUGCCCGGACAAGAUCUUUGGCAUCCAGUCAGCUGUGGAUGAGAGCCUAGUGCUAAUAUCAGAGGUCUUCAUGACGGCAUUGUUUGGUAUGCUGGCUGCUCACUUCCUCCCAGCAGACAUCAUGCUCUGCUCGAUCAUCGAGGCCAAGUCGGUCAUCAACUCUCUCCUAACACCCAUAGAAAAAGUGGAGAUGUGCAGGAACAACCCAGCCAUCCCGCUCAGCAGCCCAGCCAGCCCGGCCCAGCAGCCCGCUCAAGCAGCCCAGCCAGCCCGGCCCAGCAGCCCGGCUAGCAGCCCAGCCAGCCCGGUCCAGCAGCAAAGUCACCCACGCCCACCCACCACAUCCUCGCCUAAGCGGAAAGGGAUUCCGAAUUUUGACUUGUCCCUUUCCUCGGACGAGGUGUGGAUGGGCGGGUGGGUGUCGGCGACCAAGACGAUGAUGUGGGACGCUUGCUCCCAGCCAGUCAGCCCACCCCAGGAGCCAGCUAGUAGCUCCAAGCCAUGCUCCAAGGGACCGGAAAGGAAAAGAAAGAAGACAACGGAGAAGAAAACAAGAAAGACGAGAUUAGGGCGUAUAUGUGCAGACACGUCCGUUGACACGAAAAAACAGUGCCGAAAAGCUCUCCAAAUUGAGGUUCAAGGAAUGGAACAGGAGAAGGAGAGGGCAUCACAUGAGGAGGAGGAGGAGAGGAGAACACAUGAGGAGGACAGGAGAAGACAGGAGGAGGUAAGGAUGACACAUGAUGAGGAGACGAGAAGACAGGAGGAGGUGUGGAGAAGACGGGAGGAGGAGGCGGAGGAACAAAGCUUCACUGACAGUGCAUGCGAGGAGCAGCCAGAAGUAGUUGUUUACCACAAGGCUGCCGUACCAGACCGGAACCAACAAUACGUCAUACAUCUCAGGACCCAGUGGUGGGAAGGGGAAGCGCCACGUCGAUCUCACCCCGCCAAGACUACGCACUUCUCCGAGGCGUGGUGUCCUGGCCAUGCUCUGUACCUGUUUCCUCUCCAACGCCCCACCGAAGCUGUGGACCUAUGUUCGAUCGGGGAAGUCAUGGCCCUACUCAAGGACAUAAACCCUAACAAGGCUAGUGGUCCGGACUAUCUUCCUACCUGGACACUUAAGGGGUACGCAGAGGACUUUGCUCCCGUCAUCACUCACCUCUUCAAUGCUUCCUAUGGAGCCAAGUUGUUGGAAAGGUGCAUACUGAAGAGACUCCUCCCGUCUAUCACACCUGUCAUCACCAACCAGUAUGCCUACCUCAAGGGCUCGUCCACCGUCAUCGCCGUCAUCAGGAUGAUCCAUAUAUGGUUGAGCGCUCUCGACUCCAGGGAUCAAACCUGUGUUCAGACUCUUUUUGCUGACAUGAGCAAAGCGUUUGAUAGGGUGAGCCACGCAAUACUACUACAGCGGGUGAACGACGUUGUGCCAAGUCCACGGAUGGUAGCGUGGUUGCAAAACUACCUACAUGGUCGCACUCAGCGAGUGGCUGCCAACGGCGAGUUCAGUGGCUGGCGGCAGCUUACGUCUGGGGUACCGCAAGGUGGAGUGUUAUCGCCCUAUCUGUUCCUUCUGUUUAUGAGCUCACGCGAAGUGGUCCAUAGCGACACUAUAGACGUGGGCUACGCAGACGACGUGAGUUUGUCCAGAUCAGUCUCUCUGAAGAAUGCUGGCUCGGACACUACUAUGACAGAGGAAGCGUCGCAGCUUGACACCUGGGCGGACCGCAACGAGAUGCUCCUGAACGGCAAGAAAAGCCAAGCGAUGCUGAUCUGCUUUAGCAGAAACAUACCAGUUCUACCACCUCUGUCUCUCGGUGGCGAACCUGUUCCAGUCACUAACGUGGCCAAGGGGCUUGGCUUCAUCUUUGACGACAAGCUCUCCUGGCGUGAACAUGUGAGGUCUACGGUGUCAAAGGCCUCGAGCAGGCUUCACUACCUCCGUCUGCUAACAAAACAGGGGAUGAGCGUGGAAGAUCUCAUCCAGGUGUACCUGAGUCUCAUCCGCCCUGUUCUGGAGUACGGACAUGUCCUGUUGGUGGGUUGCAGUGAGGACCUUGCGGCUAGCAUGGAGAGGGUUCAGAGGCGCGCCCUCCGGAUUAUCUCACGCGGCGGCAGGCGUUCCGUUCCGGACCUGCCUUCCCUGAAGGAAAGGAGAGAAGCCGCUGCAGUGACCCUCUUCAAGGCCAUGCUAAGGCCGGAUCAUCCACUGCAUGACCUGGCUCCUGUCCAAAGACACUCAGCCACAGGCAGAUCCCUGAGGAACAGCCACGACAUCACGAUCCCUCACGCAAGAACCAAGCGUCUGCAGCAGUCCUUCCUGCAUUGCGCGAUCAGACUGUACAACGACUCACUGCAGAAAUCGGCAUAA